ACGUAAGUAACGCAGACGCCCACUGCGUUCUAAAAGAAGCACUGAAACAUUUACUAGCUUCAGAAAUAGUGCAGCCAUGAACUGGAACAAAGGCGGCCCAGGAGUGAAGCGUGGGUUUGGUUUUGGAGGUUUUUCCCUUGCAGGGAAGAAAGAGGAGCCUAAUGCUCCACCAAAAUCUCACACAUCACUUGGAGCUUCUGGAUCAAGUGGCAGUUAUGGAAAAAGCCCACAGCUUCCAUCUUUCUACAAAAUAGGGUCCAAAAGAGCUAAUUUUGAUGAAGAAAACGCGUAUUUCGAAGACGAUGAAGAAGAGUCCAGCAGCAACGCUGAUCUGCCCUACAUUCCUGCUGAGAACUCGCCCACGCGGCAGCAGAUGAAGUCGGGCGGCGGCGGCGGCUCCGACAGCGAAGACGACCCGUUGGAUGCCUUUAUGGCAGAGGUUGAGAACCAAGCAGCUAAAGACAUGAGGAAACUAGAAGAAAAGGAGAAAAAAUCAACCAAGGGUAUUCGUGAUGACAUUGAGGAAGAAGAUGAGCAAGAAGCGUAUUUCCGCUACAUGGCAGAGAAUCCCACAGCUGGGCUGACCCAGGAGGAAGAGGAGGAAAACAUCGACUAUGACAGUGAUGGAAACCCAAUUCCUUCUACAACCAAGAAAAUAAUCCUGCCGCUGCCACCUAUUGAUCACUCAGAGAUCGACUACCCACCUUUUGAGAAAAACUUUUACAAUGAACACGAGGAGCUGAGCAUUCUCAACGGCAGCCAGGUGUUGGAGCUGAGGCAAAAACUCAACUUGAGAGUUUCUGGUGCUGCUCCUCCUAAACCUUGCACCAGCUUUGCUCACUUCGGCUUCGAUGAGCAGCUGAUGCAUCAGAUUCGAAAGUCUGAGUACACUCAGCCCACACCGAUCCAGUGUCAGGGAGUCCCCAUUGCCCUUUCUGGACGCGACAUGAUCGGCAUUGCAAAAACAGGAAGUGGUAAAACGGCAGCGUUCAUCUGGCCGAUGCUGGUUCACAUCAUGGACCAGAAGGAGCUGGAGCCCGGAGAGGGACCCAUAGCAGUCAUCGUCUGUCCCACCAGGGAGCUCUGUCAGCAGAUCCAUGCAGAGUGUAAGCGUUUCGGGAAAGCGUACUCGCUGCGUUCUGUGGCUGUUUAUGGAGGCGGCAGCAUGUGGGAGCAGGCCAAGGCUCUGCAGGAGGGAGCAGAGAUCGUCGUGUGCACGCCGGGUCGCCUGAUUGACCAUGUUAAAAAAAAGGCCACAUCCUUACAGAGAGUGACAUAUCUGGUGUUUGAUGAAGCUGACCGCAUGUUUGAUAUGGGAUUUGAAUAUCAGGUGAGAUCAGUUGCAAGCCAUGUUCGCCCAGACAGGCAGACUCUUCUCUUCAGCGCCACUUUUCGGAAAAAAAUCGAGAGGUUGGCGAGGGACAUUUUAGUCGAUCCUAUUCGGGUUGUGCAGGGCGACAUCGGAGAGGCCAACGAGGACGUGACUCAGGUGGUGGAGCUGCUGCUCAGCGGAUCAGAUAAAUGGAACUGGCUGACCCGAAGGCUGGUCGAGUUCACUUCCACCGGCUCUGUGCUCAUUUUCGUUACCAAGAAGGCCAACUCUGAGGAGUUGGCCACUAAUCUGACUCAGGAGGGCUACAGCCUCGGCCUCCUGCACGGAGACAUGGACCAGAGCGAGAGGAACAAAGUCAUCAGCGACUUCAAGAAGAAAAAUUUGCCCGUUCUGGUUGCCACUGAUGUAGCCGCCCGUGGUCUGGACAUCCCGUCAAUUCGCACCGUGGUGAACUACGACGUGGCGCGCGACAUCGAUACGCACACUCACAGAAUCGGCCGAACGGGUCGCGCCGGGGAGAAAGGAGUCGCUUACACCCUCCUGACCAGCAAAGACACUUCGUUUGCCGGCGACUUGGUGCGAAACCUGGAGGGAGCCAAUCAGGCCGUUCCCAAAGAGCUCAUGGAUUUAGCCAUGCAGAAUCCGUGGUUCAGGAAAUCGCGGUUUAAGGGAGGUAAAGGAAAGAGGCUGAACAUCGGUGGAGGCGGUCUUGGUUACAAAGAGAGACCAGGUCUGGGGGCCGAGACCUCUGAACGUAGCAGCAGCUUGUCUUCUGUUAGUAGCUUUGAAGGCUACAGCAAACCGACAACUGGGGCGAUGGGGGACCGCAUGUCUGCACUGAAACAAGCUUUCCAGGCUCAGUAUAAGAGCCAUUUUGUGGCGGCAACCAGCGGUCCUCCGAAGCUCAGCACCAAGUCCAGCAGCUCCUCGUGUUGGACCAGCGCCGGCAGCCUGAACUCUGUGCCAACAGAGGCCGCCAACGGCUCAGAGCGACCCAACAUGGCCGCCGCCUUUUCAAUGCCUGGUUUCACCAGCGCCGGAUCCCUGAGCUCCGUGCCCGCCAAUCCAACUGGCUCUCAGCACAGCAUCCCUCCAGCCGCACCCCCGACACACAGAGAGACCCCGCGGGACCGACAUGGGGAGUCCCAGGGUCGUCCUGGCGACGGGCAUCACCGCCACAGCGACAGGAGCGACCGGCAUGGCGGCGAGGAUCGCUACGGUGACCGGGACCGACACGGAGACAGAGAUCGCGACCGCCAUGGUGACAGGGAGCGCCACAGCAGCCGCCACAGCGACAGCCGGAAUGGCGACGGAAGCAGAAGAGAGAGAGAUGACCGGAGAGGGGACAGGGAUGGCGGAGACAGGGGAAGCGGGGAGGGGAGGGACAGGGACAGGGAAGACGACAGCUUCGCAGUUCCCGACCCGCCCAAACGCAGAAAGAGCCGAUGGGAUAACUAAAGUUAGCACAUCUUAGCUCCAUAUGUUCAGCUCCAUAACAAGAGUUGGUCUGUCUAGGCAGGUAGCAGAGCAGAGCUUGAAAUAAGCAGCCAUUUUGGUUUAGGCGCUCAGACAAGUUGGUUUGGACUCAAGGUUUGUUCAGCACAGACAGUUCAUAAACACCAACUGCACACAUACCAUCCAAGCUGAUGUUACUGUUAGUCAAGUCGAGCAUAAAAGCUGUGAAUUCAGUAAAAAAUAAAUAAAGAAAUGCAGUUCAAGAUGCAUUCUCACACAUCUUUAUGCUUGCAAAGCUCAUGCCUUGUAUAUUUUCAUUUUGUGUACUACAGAUCUUCAGUUCACAGGUAAAUGAACAUGUCAAAGCA